GCUCAGCCAAUAGGAGGACAGGUUCAACCCGGAACUCAAAGUUUUCUUCAGAACAAGAGUUGCACAURAACCGUUUGAAUGAAAAAUGCUUUCUCUGCAACUGUAGAAAGGCUGGGUGCUUUUAUUUUGACAACCAGCUGUGUUUUUGCCCGGAAGUGAGUCUGUCUUGUUUCUCGUUGGCGAACGGUGACGAACUUCAACCAUGGCUGGUCCCAGUAGGAAGCAGAUGCUUAGGUUUCUCGGCCAGCUUGGGGCUUUUAUUUUGACCCGAUUCGGGUUCUGGAACUGCUUCAGUAUGCUAAUGCUUUUUGCCGAAAGAGCGGACUCAAAAAGAAAGCCAGACAUCCACGUACCGUACCUGUAUGUGGACAUGGGGGUGGCRGUCCUCUGCGCCAGCUUCAUGUCAUUUGGCGUGAAGAGGAGGUGGUUCGCGCUCGGUGCCGCCGUUCAGCUGGCCGUCAGCACUUAUGCUUCCUAUGUUGGGGAGCAGGUGCAUUAUGGGGACUGGCUAAAGGUCCGGAUGUACUCCAGAGCGCUGGCGAUCAUCGGGGGCUUCCUGGUUCUGGCCAGCGGUGCGGGGGAGAUCCACAGACAGAAAGCCCGCAGGAGAUCUCUGCAGUCGACCGGGCAGAUUUUCCUGGGGAUCUAUCUCAUCUGUGUGGUGUACUCCCUGCAGCACAGCAAAGAGGACCGACAGGCGUACCUGAACCACAUCGCCGGAGGGGAGCUCACCCUGAUGCUGGUAGAGGUUCUGUUCGGCGUUCUGGCUCUGGCCUUCCUCUCCGGGUAUUACAUCCGCCUGGCGGCUCAGAUCCUGGCCACRGUCCUUCCUCUGGUCAUCCUCCUUAUCGACGGUAACAUGGGCUACUGGCACAACAACCGCAAGGUGGAGUUCUGGAACCAGAUGAAGCUGAURGGACACAACGUCGGCGUGUUCGGCGCCGUGUUGAUCCUGGCUACUGAUGGUUAAGAACCAAUACAGAGACAACUGGAUGAGAUGAUUUUUAUUGGUCAUGGCCUGAAUUUAGCUAAAAGCUGCUGUUGUGCAACAACUCAGGACUCCAAACCUCCUCAGACGGUGGGGACACUACGCAUUUGCUUAUUAUUCAUCUGUAGCUUUGCGUCAGCAGGAAGAAACAGGCGUCAUUUCRUUUUAUUGCAAAUUUUGUUAUUUAUUUGGUGUCAUGUUUACAUGUUCUGAAACUUGGUGCCAAGAACUGGUACUUUAAACACGCAACAAACGCCAGUAAGAAGUGUUCAACAGUCCAAACACUUGUUACAGGUCAGGUUUGUAAGGUUUUAUAAAUAAAAGGGAAACCGUURGAUAAAGUGGCUUAUAGGGUGUACAUACAUAUGACAUGUUUUUAAAUAAAGAAGUGCGUUUAUCA